GUUCAUAUGAUGUAAGAAAAAAAAAUAUGAUAGCGAUAGGAAGGAGAUUAUACCCCAAGCUUUAUUUCUCCAUCAAAUGUAGACGAGGACUAAGAGUGAGAGUUACGGGAACCUAAGAUGAAAACAUACAAUCUUGAGUUGAGGAUUUUAAUAGUCCUGUUGUACGUUCACCUUGGCAAGUCUCAGAGUUGCAGCAGCCCUACCUUAUCAGGUACACCAGGCGUUCCAGGCAUUCCAGGACCAGAUGGUAAAGAUGGACAGGAUGGAGCAAAAGGAGAUGUUGGACAUCCAGGAGAGUUUGAAGACUGGAAUAAAGCAAAAUAUAUAGGUGAUCCAGGACAACCUGGGAAUCCUGGGAAGGUUGGUCCAAAGGGACCCAGGGGUCCACCAGGCAUGCCUGGCCCAAAUGGUCCGAAGGGGAUGAAGGGUGAAUCGGGAGACUACAAAACCAGUCUUAAAUCUGCUUUUAGUGCUCUAAGAUAUUCUAACUCUCACCCCAGGAGAGAAAUGCCCAUUCGCUUUGAUACAAUUCUUACCAAUGUCAAUAGCCAUUAUGAGCCCCGAAUUGGAAAAUUUACGUGUGUGAUUCCAGGUAUCUAUUACUUCACCUAUCAUACAACCUCCAGGGGCCACCUAUGUAUCAAUAUUGUAAAAGGUACAGGGAAGGGUAGCAAGGUGGUGACCUUCUGUGACCAGUCGUUCAACACCUUCCAGGUGACCACUGGCAGUGUCGUGCUACAUGUACCUCAAGGGGAUUCUGUUUGGCUGGAACCAACUGAAAAAAAUUCCUUAUUGGGAACUGAAGGAGCCGACAGCAUCUUCACUGGCUUCCUGCUUUUUCCUGAUCCUCCUCAGUAAAGUGAAUAGUUUAUAUAAGGAUUGAUUCAGGGUACUUUGCUUGUUAGUUAAAGGGACAGUUUACUCAAAAAUAUUAUCCCCUUUCAUUUGUUCCCAAUGAUCCACUUUACCUGCUGGAGUUUAUUAAAUUAUUUACAAGUAUUUCCUUUACCCUUAUAUAGGCAUUUUAAAUAGUUAAUUUAGCCUGUGGUAUCCCCACCUAUUCUGAAAGUUUCUGGCCUUAGGGCCAAGCUAUAGAUAAGCUGCAUAAACACAGCCAGCAGAAGAAAUUGCACUCCCAGUGGGGUAUAGAAGAGAUAAAGUAAUAAAAUGUUAAUUUUUCAUUGUUCUCUCCAAGUAUUGGUGAUUGGUUUAUGGACAAAUAUAAGAUAAAGACACAUGUAUAUGUACACAAUGUGAUACAGUAAUGAGAUCUGAUUAUACCUACAGAUAUAAGAUAAAGACACAUGUAUAUGUACACAAUGUGAUACAGUAAUGAGAUCUAAUUAUACCUACAGAUAUAAGAUAAAGAAGCAUGUAUAUGUACACAAUGUGAUAAAGUAAUGAGAUCUGAUUAUACCUACAGAUAUAAGAUACAGACACAUGUAUAUGUACACAAUGUGAUACAGUAAUGAGAUCUGAUUAUACCUACAGAUAUAAUAUAAAGACACAUGUAUAUGUACACAAUGUGAUACAGUAAUGAGAUCUGAUUAUACCUACAGAUAUAAGAUAAAGACACAUGUAUAUGUACUCAGUGUGAUACGGUAAUGAGAUCUGAUUAUACCUACAGAUAUAAGAUAAAGAAGCAUGUGUAUGUACACAAUGUGAUAAAGUAAUGAGAUCUGAUUAUACCUACAUAUAUAAGAUAAAGACACAUGUAUAUGUACACAAUGUGAUACAGUAAUGAGAUCUGAUUAUACCUACAGAUAUAAGAUAAAGACACAUGUAUAUGUACACAAUGUGAUACAGUAAUGAGAUCUUAUUAUACCUACAGAUAUAAGAUACAGGCACAUGUAUAUGUACACAAUGUGAUACAGUAAUGAGAUCUGAUUAUACCUAAAAGCUCAACCCAGGUUGUGGCUUCAAAACACUAAAUCAGCUAUUUCAUAAACACAAAUAAACCCUAAAAAGCAAAAUGUUAUACUCUGCAGUUAGUAAAAAAAAAGCAUCUGGAAAAACAUUAAGGGGGAAUAAAUUACAGUAUAUUGUCCCUUAUAUAUACAGUUAUUCUUUGCAUAGUUUAAAUGAGCAUUAAGGUCAUUGAUGCUAUAUUUCUUAAACUUGCAAAAGGUAUGAGAUAUAGAUAUGAGAGUCUUAGUGUAAAAUAAUGGGAAUUCAGCAGUCUUUGAAAAGAGUGCUGAAUUCCCAUUCUUUUACACUAAGGGGCCCAUUUAUCAAGCUCCGAAUGGAGGUCUUGCGGACCUGAUCUGCACUGUCGGAUCAGGUCCGCAAGACCUUUGAUAAAUAGGCCCCUAAAACUCUCAUAUCUAUAGUGUCUACCUUUUGCAAGUUUAAGAAAUAUAGUAAUUUUGGGUCUGCACCACUAUACUAAAAAGUACUUUCUAAAAGCGUAUUAAGGUUCAUAUUUAAUGUGUUGAGCUUGCUUACCAUUAAUAAUAAGUCAUUGAUGCUAUAGUUGCAUAGUAUAGAAAAACAAUCUUCAUAAAAAAUAAAUGUUCUAAAAACAUUUAAAUUGACCUUUUUAUUAGUAGCAUUUAGAUUUAAGUAACGCGUUCUCAGCUGAUUUCUAGGCUCGAGAAACUCUAUUUACAAUCACAGACAUUUAAACCAAAAAGAACCAAUCAGAUCAUACAAACUUCACGGGAGAUCCAAUAGGUUCCUUUCUGGGCGCAAUCAAACAAAAAGUGCCCCUUACAGACUUAUUGGCUGACACUAGAAUUGAUCAUCAAACAAGGACAUUGCUAAAUUAUUAUUGAAUAGUGUAGAUAUGAAAUUCUGAAGCCAUUGUCAUCUAAAUAUUGUUCAUUUUAACUUUUUUCUUCUUUAAAGGGGCAUAAAACCCCAAGCUUUUCUUUUCUGAUUCGGAUAUAGCAUAACAUUUUAUUAACAACUUUAAAAUUAUUUCUACUACUAAUUUUGCUUAAUUUUCUUUGUAUCCUUUGUUAAAGGAGCAACAAUUUACUACUGUGAGCUAGCUGAACACAUCAGUAAAAUAAUGGCAAGAGGCAUAUGUGCAGCUACCAAUCAGCUUUUAGCUCCCAGUAGUGCAUUGCUGCUAGGUUUACUUAUCAACCACAGAUACCAAGAGAAUAAGACAAAUUAGAUAAUAGAAAUAAAUUUGAAAGUUAUUUAAAGGAUUAUAAAACUAUUACCAAAUCAUCACAUAAUUAAUAUAUCCUGUUACAGUUUAACUAAUACUCUGUGCAUUAACUUUACCUAAUCAUGCAAACAAAGCUGCGUUGACCCUAAAAACAUACAUUUUAUUUUCAGCCGUGCCGUCAUUUACUCCAGGCCAUAAAGUGGUCGUGUCUUGGUCAUUUAAUAUUGGCCAAUCGCAGCACUCAAAAUUUAUAUAUUAAUGAGUGUUAUUUGUACCCAAAAUCCCAUGCGCAAUUCAAUUACUGUAUAUGUAUAAUCAAUUGAAUGAUACUCGUUUAUCUAAGGGAGUUAAUAAAAUACAAAUUCUCAAUUCUGCUCUGUAGCUCCGUCUUCUAUGUCACUGCAGAGGCUGUGAUUUCACUCUGGUCACAUGAGUGCUAUAGCCGUGACUUAAGCAAUUAGAACUGAAUACAACUGCGCAUGCGUGGGAGAGGUACAAUUGAAUAGCGCCCUCCCAAGGAACGACAUAAAAUAAGAGAACCUAGGUUGCCCAACGUGAUUGGACAAUGCAAAUUAGUCCUCUGUGGGUUUGGAAAUAACAACAUUUUAGAUAGCAGAUUGCUGCGAAAUAACUUGACCCGGGAAAUUAUUCAAUUUAAAAAAUUGUGUUUCAUUUCCCUUUAAAAGUGCAUGCUCUCUCUGAAUCAUAAAAUAAACGUUUUGGGUUUCCCUUUAAAUUACAAGAAAAUUAGAAGAAUAAAUAAUGAAUGUAAUGAAAGCCCAUUACAAAGUUUUUGAGGGUUUUUGAUUUUAUUACGCAUCAUUCAAAUUUUUAUGGGUUAUUACAUUUUGAGUAUAAUGUUCCCUUUAUGUAUAGUAUAAAUCUCAAUGUAUUUAUUCUGGCUUUUUUUUCCCUAUGAGCUGAGGAAGGACAUUGUGAGCGCUCACAGAGCCAUUAAUCUGUAGUCUAAUGUUUAAACACAAUAAAACAUUCCAUUUACAUUAAGAUCUUAUGAAAAAUAAAAAGGGUAAAAACCCUCUCUUUCUGCAAUAGACCUGGGUAAGGAGUGAUAAAUACUUCUUUACAUGAGCUCAUGUGUGUGUUUAAGAUCAUUUGCUGGUGUUCUUCCUGCAGUUGAGACUUCACAUUUUUUUCCAGAAUUACAAUUUUCUAAUCUCCUCUAUGAAAUGUCCUGAUAAAUUCCAAACUUUUGCAUGUACAUUUAGAAUCAAAUAAGAAAACCACAGACUUAUGAUUUGGAGGGAAACAAUCCUUUUUUUUAAUAAAACAAAUCAACCUCA